AAGAGCCUCCAUUUGUAAGCGUGAGAUGUACAUAAGUUGUAUGUUUGUAACUCGGGGACUGCCUGUAUAAAAAUUCUCUGGGGAUAAUAGAAUUAAAUUUGUGCUUGAAUUUCAUAUCAAAAAGGUCAAAUUGAGAUUAGCUCAAGUCAUUGGAAAAGAUUAGUGAGAAAGCAAAGAACCGAGCUCCCAAAUCUCUGAACUCUCUGGAGUUCAGAAUAGUCUGUUCCCAGAAGGUUGUAGAAUGGACUGGGGCCUAGAACUCUGGGAUGCUCGGGCUCCCCAGACCACCCCUGUGGUUUCCUGGAGGCAGUAACAGCCACCAGAAGUCAGAUGUGACACAGUCUCUUGUCACCUAAUUGCUAAGAUGUGAGUAAGGUAUUCCUGAUUGAGUGUGUCACCCUGGUUGUGGCAAAACCGACUCAUGUGGUCAUAGCCAUAAUUGCAAAAUGGAAUGAUGUGGAUUCCGGGGCUAAGCCCCUCCUCACUGGAAAGUGGCAGACUCAGAUUGCUGAGGUUUCAAGGUUUCACGCACUCUCUGGCCUUCAUUGACUCAGAUCUGCCUACCUGCCAAGCUUCAGUGGUGGAAAGACUAGUUGAAUAUAUUUCAAGGGAACUAGGUGGGUAAGUUGGGGGUCUCCAAGACCACUUCUGGUUAAGCGAUUCAUCAGGACUCAGAACUCAGGAAAGCUUUUUAUUUAAGAUUAGGGUUUAUUAUAACAAAAGGAUGCAGACUACAGUCAGCAAAGAAAAAGGUCAUAUGGGGUGGAGUCCAGGGAGAGACCAGGUACAAAUGUCUAGUCAUCCUCUCUCAGUGGAGUCACACAGACAGCACUUAAUUUUCUCAGCAAAGACAAUGUGUGACAACGUGUAUAAAGUAUCACCAUCCAGGGAAGCUCUCCCAAGCUGUGGUGUCAGGUUUUCCUUGGUGGUCAGUCACGUAGGCACAUCUCAUCCAGCUAUCUAAGUGCCCAGUUCCCCAAGACAUCACAUUGAUACAAUGUCAUUUGAAGCCCCAGGAAUAGGAAACCAGGUGUUCACUGUGAAUCCUGCCCUUGGCAGGAACUAGCUACAUGGCCCAAGGUCCUAUGUGUAUAGAAGGCUCUUAUCAGGCAGGAGGUUCAAAGUUUCAGAGGUUAUUUCCCAAUAGCCAUUCAAAGGCCAGUCCUGAAGACCUUGUGAAUAUGCCCUGUUUGAGGUGUCCCAGGCAUUGAGGAAAGUGUUUGCUGCUUAGUGGCCCCUCCUUCAUGUGGAACUAUCCCUGACUGUGUCCUUGUGGAGUUGAAGGAAGCUCCAUGGCACUGGCUUCAUGGUUAACAAGGGGGACUCCCACAUGGACACCAGUACCACCAUGUCUGAGGCAAUGGUCGAAGAAGUGUCUCUCUUCAGCAUGACAGACGUGAUUCUGUUUUCACUCAUUGUGGGUCUCCUGACCUACUGGUUCCUCUUUAGAAAGAAAAAAGAAGAUGUCCCUGAGUUCACCAAAAUUCAGACAGCGACCUCAUCUGUCAAAGAGAGUAGCUUUGUGGAAAAGAUGAAGAAAACGGGUAAGAACAUCGUCGUCUUCUACGGCUCCCAGACAGGGACUGCUGAGGAAUUUGCCAAUCGCUUGUCCAAGGACGCCCAUCGCUACGGGAUGCGGGGCAUGGCAGCAGACCCCGAGGAGUACGACUUGGCCGACCUGAGCAGCCUCCCAGAAAUAGACAAUGCCCUGGUAGUCUUCUGCAUGGCUACCUAUGGCGAGGGGGACCCUACUGACAAUGCCCAGGACUUCUAUGACUGGCUUCAGGAGACAGAUGUGGAUCUAUCUGGAGUCAAGUAUGCGGUGUUUGGUCUUGGGAACAAGACCUACGAGCACUUCAAUGCAAUGGGCAAGUAUGUGGACAAGCGGCUGGAGCAGCUCGGUGCCCAGCGCAUCUUUGAGCUGGGAUUGGGUGACGAUGAUGGGAACUUGGAAGAGGAUUUUAUCACCUGGCGAGAGCAGUUCUGGCCGGCCGUGUGUGAGCAUUUUGGGGUGGAAGCCACUGGGGAGGAGUCUAGCAUUCGCCAGUACGAGCUUGUGGUCCACACAGAUGUAGACAUGGCCAAGGUGUAUGUGGGCGAGAUGGGCCGGCUGAAGAGCUAUGAGAACCAGAAACCCCCGUUUGAUGCCAAGAAUCCAUUCUUGGCUGCAGUUGCCACCAACCGGAAGCUGAACCAGGGAACUGAGCGACACUUCAUGCACAUGGAAUUAGACAUCUCGGAUUCCAAAAUAAGGUAUGAAUCUGGGGACCAUGUGGCUGUUUACCCAGCCAACGACUCUGCCCUUGUCAACCAGCUGGGUGAGAUCCUAGGUGCCGACCUGGAUGUCAUCAUGUCACUGAACAAUCUCGAUGAGGAGUCCAACAAGAAGCACCCGUUUCCCUGCCCCACCUCCUACCGCACGGCCCUCACCUACUACCUGGAUAUCACCAAUCCUCCCCGCACCAACGUGCUGUACGAACUGGCCCAGUACGCCUCUGCACCCUCUGAGCAGGAGCAGCUACGCAAGAUGGCCUCCUCCUCUGGCGAGGGCAAGGAGCUGUACCUGAGCUGGGUGGUGGAGGCCCGGAGGCACAUCCUGGCCAUCCUGCAGGACUACCCAUCUCUGCGGCCCCCCAUCGACCACCUGUGUGAGCUGCUUCCACGGCUCCAGGCCCGCUACUAUUCCAUCGCCUCCUCCUCCAAGGUCCACCCCAACUCUGUGCACAUUUGUGCUGUGGCCGUGGAGUAUGAAACCAAGUCUGGGCGAAUCAACAAGGGUGUGGCCACCAGCUGGCUGCGGGCCAAGGAGCCUGCCGGAGAAAACGGUCACCGGGCCCUUGUGCCCAUGUUUGUGCGCAAGUCCCAGUUCCGCCUACCCUUCAAGGCCACCACCCCAGUCAUCAUGGUGGGCCCUGGCACAGGGGUGGCACCCUUCAUCGGCUUCAUUCAAGAGCGGGCCUGGCUGCGGCAGCAGGGCAAGGAAGUUGGGGAGACGCUGCUCUACUAUGGCUGCCGCCGCUCGGAAGAGGAUUACCUGUAUCGCGAGGAACUGGCCCAGUUCCACAGAGACAAUGCCCUCACCCACCUCAACGUAGCCUUCUCCCGGGAGCAGUCCCACAAGGUCUACGUCCAGCACCUGCUCAAGAGGGACAGGGAGCACCUGUGGAAGCUCAUCCAUGAGGAGGGAGCCCACAUCUAUGUCUGUGGGGAUGCUCGGAAUAUGGCCAGGGAUGUGCAGAACACCUUUUAUGACAUUGUGGCCGAGUUUGGGGGCAUGGAGCAUGCACAAGCCGUGGACUACAUCAAGAAGCUAAUGACCAAGGGCCGCUACUCCCUGGACGUGUGGAGCUAGGACUGUCUGGCCCUCCUGUCCCUCACUGCCCCACAGACUUGCUGCCCAUGUAAUCACUUCCCCCUCCCUGCUGGGCUCCUGGGGGGGGGAGUUCUGCUUGGCCUUGCCAUGGGAAGCAGGCCCAGUGACAAAGCUUCCAGCCUGGAGUGCACCCUCCUUAGCCCUGAAGGUCGCCCAGCCCUGGGGCACACAGUAGGGGUGACUGGGCCCCAAAUUUUGGGACGCCUCAGGCCCUCAGUGGCUGUGCAGAGGGCUUUCUCAGCUAAGGUGGGCCUGGCCCCUCCAAUGUGAUUUUCAAUGAGUGUAAAUAAUUUUAAAUAACCUCUGGUCCUUGGAAUAAAGUUCUGUUUUCUGUA